ACGCUGCUGUGUCACGUGGUAUGGGCGGAAGCGUUUAUGUGAGCCAUGCUGAAUCCCGCGCGGGCGCAGCCAUUUGCUCUUUUGCUCGAUCGCUUCAACACCGAGUGACUGCAGCACAAAGACCAACACACACUCAGCAAUGGCGGAGAACGAGCCUCAGGUCCAGUUUAAGCUGGUUCUGGUAGGAGAUGGAGGUACAGGGAAAACCACCUUUGUGAAGAGACACUUGACUGGGGAGUUUGAAAAGAAAUAUGUUGCCACGCUUGGAGUCGAGGUGCAUCCCCUGGUCUUCCACACCAACAGAGGAGCCAUUAAAUAUAAUGUAUGGGACACAGCCGGACAAGAGAAGUUCGGAGGCCUGAGAGAUGGGUAUUACAUCCAGGCUCAGUGUGCAAUCAUCAUGUUUGACGUAACUUCUCGAGUGACCUAUAAAAAUGUGCCUAACUGGCAUCGUGACUUGGUGCGAGUGUGCGAGAACAUUCCCAUAGUGCUGUGCGGUAACAAAGUGGACAUCAAAGACAGAAAGGUCAAAGCAAAGAGCAUUGUGUUCCACCGUAAGAAGAAUCUACAGUACUAUGACAUCUCUGCCAAGAGUAAUUAUAACUUUGAGAAGCCCUUCCUGUGGCUCGCACGGAAGCUGAUUGGCGAUCCUAAUCUGGAGUUUGUUGAGAUGCCUGCCCUCGCACCGCCUGAGAUUGCUAUGGAUCCAUCACUCGCUGCACAGUAUGAGCACGAUUUGAAAGUAAGUGCACUGUCCGGCCAGUGAGUUCUUGCUCUCAAGAUUGUUG